CCAAUGUGCAUUUCGCCUAUUACCAUAGCAGCAGGAAGUUGGUUUGUUGUCUACUGCCGUCAUGAAUUAUGAUGGACAGAGUCGAGUCUUUGCUGCAAUACUACCGGCUGCUGGUCGGGAAUUCGCCGGUAAUGAAAGAGAGAAUGGACUCGAAGUGCGAGCGGUUAAUCGGCAAAGUCCCAGUAACCGGGCACGGGAGGUCCAGGUCACGGGGGCAGCGGAGGUCCGUUGCCCGGCGGACCGAGUGUCGGUGCGGGUCAGUGUGGGCAGCAGCAAAGAGUCCGUCAACGAUGUGACCAACAGCGUCUCACGGCGACUUGAUUACAUUUUACAAGCUGUCAGACAACAUGGUGUCAGUGACAAAGACACCUCAGUGAGAAGGUUUCUCCACCGAGAGGCAGAGCAGUACCACCUGGAAGCAGAGGUAGUGGUCACUUUCUCCGAUUUUGAGAAGAUGGAGCGCGUGUGUAGUGUCCUGCUGGAAAAGCUGGACCAGAGUGUUUGUGUGGGACCACCAGAGUUCUACCACAGUGCUGAAAGCCUGAGUCUAAUGAGGCGGCGUGCGUGUGUGUCAGCAGUUGAAAAUGCUCAGCAGAAGGCCUGCGAAGUCAGUGAGCUCCUGGGGCAAACUCUGGGUCCCCCCCUUCUGGUCAGAGAGGAGGAGACAAAAGAGUGGAGGGAUGAGGAUGAGGAGGGAGGCGGCUACCAGGGUGCUGCGCCCCUUCUUCACCUUCCCCGUACACCCACAAUCAUUGGGUCCUCGCGGAUGUCCGUCUCCUUCAGCCUCAGAGACAAAAGCAGGAAAAAGCCCUAAAGACAUGUGUCACAGAAUCCCCACCCCCACCGAACUCAUGAAAACCAAAGACUGGAUUGUCACA